UACAAAUAGCACCAUAGACGAUAGCAAUUCAGUCUAUUCCGUAUUCAGUGACGAUGUGAUGUACACUUUUCCACACUCGUGUGAAGUAGCGAUGAUUUAGUUCAAACCAGAAAUGCAUUUUAGCCAACAAACACGGCUUAAAUCCCUGAAACCGUUGCUCACCAGGCACAUUACAAAGCGAGCUGAAUGUUAUGCGUAGCUGUCUGCACUCAUCAGGUAAGGUGAUCUAUAUAACGACAUAGGAAUUGGGCUGUAGUCACAACGUUGAGGAAGACGUGGAAGACAAUGAUGAAGUUCACUGAGCUGCUGAUGCUGGUGCUGGCUGGGGCUGUGAUAGUAAAGGGAGGCGCAGGGUCCUCGCGCCAUACCUUCGUGGUGAAGUCGGACUGUAAUGCCACUUAUCUCGCCAUCCACGCCAACUACACCCUCUGUCUGGUGGACAAUGGAGCGGACGCCCCGCUGUCAGCCGCGGACAAACAAGCUAUAGUGGACAAGCAUAACGAUUACAGAAGUAAUGUGUCACCAACUGCAACCAAUAUGGUCAAACUGGUGUGGGAUGACGCCAUAGCAGAGUACGCCAGUCAAGUGGGCUCGUCAGUGUACUUUGGGCCAUGACGAUUAUGCAGCAAGAUCUCUUCCAUCCAUGCCAGGAGUAUCCAUUGGACAGAACGCAGCUGGCGGCUACGACAGUGUUAUCAAGGCAAUAGAAGGCUGGCACAAGGAGGUGGAAGACUUCGAACACGGCGUCGGCAGCAUCACAAAGGAAAAGGAUGUCGGUCAUUAUACCCAGGUUGUGGGGUUCAGAGCCAUCCGCAUCGGGUGUGGGGAGGCCAACUGUACAAACGCCUACGUACAGUCGUUACCAAGUGUGCAACUACGCCAUUGGGUGAG